UGCCCCUUUCAAGAGUUGGUAGGUUUGUUCAUGUCAAAUUAGCCGUUGCACCUCCCCCCUUCACCCCUCUCAACCCACCCCUUCUUUCCAACUCCAACACGCUUUAUUUUAACAAAAAACUUUCUCUUCCAAGAAUUCCGCGUUUCUACUUUCUUGCCCUCUUCCAGCUCCGAUCCCGUUCUCUCUUUCUUUUUGCAUAUUAUAUACACGAUCAAUUUAAUUAUAUAGCUGCCUGCUUCCUUAUUUGAAUUCCUUUAAGAAAUUUCCUCAAUGUCUCUCUGUUCACAUAUCUUUCUUGAUCAAUCUUAAUUUGAAUCUUUUUUAUCUUGAGCAUAGAGAAAGACCCAUAUAGAGUUUUCAUCAAUCGGAAAAAUGAUUCAUACAGUUAAGCAUCCGGUUCCGGAUACUCCUUUCUCGACUCCAUUGCUAUAUUCAACGCCAAGCAGUAGCAGCAGCGGAAGAAGCAGUGACACGGAUGAAAGUCCAGCGACAUCGUUUAGAUAUGACUUUCAAGAUCUUAAAUUCAAGAUUCUGAACGUGCCCGCAUCGAGUUUUCACUCAUAUAAACUGUUAGCAAAUUUAUCAGGUCACAUUGGAUCAGUUUCUUGCUUGGCUUUAUGUGGAGAAUUUAUAUUAAGUGCUUCACAGGGAAAGGACAUCAUAGUCUGGCAACAGCCUGACUUGAGGCAAUUCACAAAGUUUGGACAAGGAGAGGGCUCGGUUAAGGCCCUCGUCACUGCUGGGAACAAAGUGUUUACAGCACAUCAAGAUAGUAGAAUUAGAGUGUGGAAGAUUUCAAGAAACUCUGAAAAUUUGUUCAGACUUGUUGACACUCUUCCCACAACUAAAGACUAUUUGGGAAAGUUCAUGAAGCAAAGCAAUUACGUGCAAACGAGGCGACAUCACAAGCGUUUGUGGAUCGAACAUUCUGAUAGUAUUUCUUGCUUGGCUGUCUCCAACGGGUUAAUUUAUUCCGGAUCAUGGGAUAAGACUCUCAAGGUUUGGAGGAUGUCGGAUUUCAAGUGCUUGGAAUCAAUAAAAGCCCAUGAUGACGCUAUAAACGGGCUAGUUGCAUCCAAUGGGAUUGUGUAUUCUGCAUCAGCAGAUGGGAAGAUCAAGGCCUGGGGAAAGGAGGUGAGGAACACGCAUUCUCUUAAGGGAAUAUUGGAGGGGCAUAGGGAUAUUUCACUGAAUUCUAUAGUUGUAUCUGAAGAUGGAAGUUUGGUUUAUGGAGGGGGUUCGGAUGGUUAUAUUAUGGGAUGGUUGGGGAACAGGAAUUUCGAUAGUUGGAGAGUAAUUUGUGAGAUGAAAGCUCAUAAAAUGGCAGUUUUGUGUAUGUGCCUAAUGGGGGAGUUCUUGUGCAGUGGAUCAGCAGAUAAAAGUAUUAGUAUAUGGAAAAGAGAGAUCAAUGGUAGUUUAUUUAGAACUAUGAUCAUUAAAGGCCAUGAAGGACCAGUUAAAUGUUUGCAGGCAUCUCCAACCAGAGUAGGGGGUGGAUUCAUGCUCUAUAGUGGAAGCCUUGACAAAAGUCUCAGAGUUUGGUGGGUUCCAAAUUAUUGCUCAACAGCACAGAUCACUUCUUCAAUUGAUGGUACACCCAGAAUUUCGACAGUUUCCGUUUAAGAAGUUUUAAGAUGUGUGAGUGAUUAAGCACUGCUCUUCUUUUUAAUGUAUGCACAGUGCAUUUAAAAUCAGUUUUGGCUUCUUCUUUUCAGUUCUAAGUUGCUUUUAGGGUUCACUUGUAUUUGCAUUUAGAAUCAAUUCCUUGGUUCUUUCAAAAUUUGUUUUGGAAUUUUGUAUUAUGUGUGAAUCAGUUUGAGACACUUUGGAAAACCUUUAGGAAAUUCUGAGGACAGAUUGGAAGAAUUAUUUUUAUAAGUGUGUAUUGUUUGCUUUUGCACUUUUUUUUUUU